AGAGAAGCGAGCUGCAGGGUCUAGUUCGAGGCUGCUUGCAGCUGCAAUGAAGCCAGCGGCCCGAGCAUGCCGCCAUUGCAGAGCUCCUGUGGGGAGAGCUUGCGCAGGAGCUCCUUCGAGCUUGUCUCCCACGAAGAACGUGUUGCCUGUGAUCUGUGGUGGGAUUGACCUGCAUGGUCAGAUUGCUGCCUCCUCAUCGUGUGCGUACUCUAGAAACAGAGUUUCGACUUCUGUUGCAACCUGGUUUUCGUCUCGCCCUUGUUCCAUCCCCUCAAGACGCUUCCUUUUCAUACCAACUGCCCCUCUACUGUUUAGACAAGACAAGAAACUGAGGCUUGGCUUGAAGGAUCGGUUGUUGAAAGGUAGAGCUGUUGCCCCAGCCCAGCGGCAGCGUUUUACAAUGAGCGAAGAGCUGGCCCCAGGGACAGGUGCGCUGCUCAGGGUGAAAAGCCUGGGCUGGCUCCGCAUGAGGUCUGGGCGGCGCAGGGGUGAACUGAAUGGCCUGGACCGCACUCUGAGCCCUGCGGAGAUUGCCAGCCUGUUGGGAGCGGGCCAGUUUGAAGCGGAGGUGGUGGUUACAUCCGGGUUUCUGUUCAAGCUGGGGGACGGAGGCUCGUCCAAGCGCGUGAAGGCCGUCCUCGUUCCGGAGGGCCUCGUUUGGCGGCAGAGCGUGUCACGCAGAGUGUUGCUUAUAAAGGACACCAUUUCGGUUGAGGUCAAGAAUGCUGCCAGCCAGUUUGAGCUGCAUGGAUUUGCAACUAACCCCGUGUCCAAUGCUGGCAAGAGGUUGGUGCAUGUCAGGUUCUGCGCGCCUUCAGCUCAGGAAGCGGAGAAGUGGGUGCAGGGGCUUGGAAGUUUGGGCACAGCGAUUACGGUGCAAGAGGCAGGGGCAGCUCUUGUGAAUGGCAAUGAGGCUGAGGCGAAUGUGGAACCAAGCGAACCACGCGGCCAGGAUGGCAAUGGGGGUGCUGUAGAGAUGGACGCCACCCCUGAGCCAGGCGCCACAGUCUUGGAGCGGGGCGGCGCUCCUAUCCUGAUCAUCGUGAACCCCUGCUCGGGGCAUGGCCGGGGCGCGCGCGUGCUGGAGCACCUUGUGCUGCCAAUCUUCCGCCUGGCUGGACUCAAAUUUACGGUCGUCCAGACGGAGCGCGCCGGGCAUGCUGUCAGGCUGGCCUCCCAGAUUGACCUGGGCACCUGUGAGGGGGGCAUCGUCUGUGUGGGCGGGGACGGCCUCGUCAAUGAGGUACUGAACGGGCUGUUCCUUCACCCCGACCGCAAGCGCGCCAUGUCGUGCCCCAUCGGGGUCGUCCCUGCUGGAUCGGACAACGCGCUUGUAUGGAGCGUACUCGGGGUCAAGACCGCCACUGAUGCCGCGCUCUUGGUCGUCAAGGGUGGCACGACGCCGCUGGACGCGUUUGUGGUGCGCUGGGAUCCGACCGCUGACAACGCGGCGCCCGUGCCGCAGAUCGGCGUGUGCAUGACGUACUACGGCUUCAUGAGCGACGCGCUGCGUCGCAGCGAGAUGCCGGGCCUCAAGCGGCUGGGCCCGCUCAAGUACACGGCCGCGGGCGCGUGGCAGAUGCUCUCGCUGCCGCACUACAUCGUCGACGUUGAGUUUCUGGAGGUGGACCCCGAGGAGCGCCGCGCGUGGUGGGCCGCGUCCUCGGGCGAGGGCAGCAUGCGCGAGGCGCUCGAGGCGCGCGAGCGCGAGCGCGAGCAGGGGGGGCGGCGCAAGCGCAGCAACUGGGAGGAGCGGCAGCAGGAGGCGCUGCUGAACGAGAGCGCCGACGAGGAGCGGCGGCAGCAAGGGAUCACGUGGAACGUGCGCGCGCGCGAGCUGGGCGCGCGGUGGGGCCCGAACGAACCCCCCGGGAAGCUACUCGAGCCGGACCACGAGCGUGCCGCGGAGGGGCGCCGCAAGCGGCACGGAAGCUCGGGCUUCCGGCGGCGCGCCGGGCGGAAUUUCAGGUGCGUGGGAGGCCUGGAUUUCGCGGAGUUUGAGGAGGAUGGGGCGGCCGGGCCGAGCGGAGCGCCUGGAAAAGGGCGGAGUGGCCGCCCAGGUCACCGGCAUACGUUCUCGGCGCCUGCGAGAGUGGGCGCGUUCGACGAACCGGAUGAAGACCUGGGCGAAGUUGCGGAGUCCGACGGGGAUGCCCAGAAGGCAGAUAGUGAAGCAGAAGCUGUGCACGCAGAGCGAUACGAACGUACUGCUGGCGAUUGGGGGCCGCGAAGUGAGGGAGGAGAAUCGAAGCGAGUGGAGGCAAGCGGCUCUGCGCCAUCUGAGGGAGCCUCUCAGCCGGACAAGGUGGAUAUCCCCGUACGAAUACGCGAUGGGCGGGGAUCUGCCAGCGGACGGGGCACCGAAGCAGCUGCGGAGGGCGCUUCCGGCGGCGGCGAAAGCGGCGCCAGCGGAUCGUCCGGGGGGUGGGUGCGGCGCAGCGGGCCGUUCCUGUCGGUGAUGGUGUGCAACCACAAGUGCCGCAGCGUGCAGUUUCUGAAGACGCAGUGCCUGGCGCCCAGCGCGGAGGCGGACGACGGCCACCUGGACCUCAUGCUGGUGAAGCCGGUGGGGCGCGUCGACCUGGUGCGCUUCCUCACGCUGCUGCAGUUCAGCAAGCACGCCGACCUGCCCUUCGUCGAGUACCGCAAGGUGAAAGCCGUGCGUAUUAUUCCGGGCGAGAACGACAACCGGUCCUGCGGCAUCGAUGGAGAGCUUUUGCCUCUCGUGGGCCCGGCCACCAUUUCUGUCAUCCCCGGGCUUUUCAAAAUGAUGGGCCGCUCCGUGUGGCCGGCUUAGUUGAUUCCAGGUUCCGUGUGACCCAUAUACAAGCAAAGGUUGAAGUAGUUCUGCUUAAACAAACAUGCAGCCUGUCCAACCUGCCCAGAGAACUGGCAGCACAUGCACUUUGGAUGCAAUAUAUAAAAGCUUGAGACCGUCACAACCAAAACGAAUCUUAUCAGUAU